AUGAUGUUUCUUAGUUCUAUCCUUUUGUUGAUCAAUAUCUUCUCAGUGAAACCGCCACUUGAGAGCUUCAUUGUCAAGGCAACGAUCCUAGUCCUAAGCUUGACAGAGUCUGGUAGCCCUGAAUUUGGCUACCUUUUAAGUUCCUUGAAAACUGACCUCCGAUUAGUCGUGGGACUAGAGGCGAUUUUCAUUCUAGCAUUCUCCUUUACCUCUCUAAUUUUUGCUAUCCCAUCAAUCUUAGCAUCAGGGGUAACAUACUGUGGUAAAAACGUAUCUGUCAAGGAAGUCCUACCGAGGGUGGUGAAAUUGUUUAAAAGACCGUUUGUCACUUGGUUUUACAUAAUGCUGCUUCAUCUAGGCUAUUGUGUAUUUCUUACAGCAUUUAUGGUUCCUUUGGUCGUGUUUUCCAGUCAUAUGUUCACACUUUCUAGUUUCUCUAUAAUAGUACUAAUUGUAGCUGUUAUUUUCCAAGCUUAUCUUGCUGUUGUUUGGAAUUUAGCACUCAUUAUUUCAGUACUUGAGGAAAAAUGGGGCAUUGAUGCCCUAGGGAGAGCCGGACAGCUUAUCAGAGGAUCUAUGGUACGAGGGUUUGGCCUGAAUAUUCUUUUCGGAGCAUUCUCUGUUGCUGUGGUCUACGGUUUGAAGAAGAUUAGCGAUACCGCAUUUUCAGGAAGUGAAAUAGUAAUUCCAUUGCUCAUUUUAAACUCAAUGUCCUUGAUCAGGAUGUUUUCACUAAUGGCAUAUACCGUCCUUUACUAUGAUUGCAAGGAGACUCAUGGAGAAGAGCUUGAAAUGCAAGAAAGUGUUGAAUAUACUAAAGUUACCGCGGCCGCUUCACUUAUCAGUUCAGAUGAAGCAUGUUGA